AUGUCGACGGAUACCAUGUAUUUCAACAGCUCCAGGCUGUUGCCAUCGGCUGGCAAAAACAAGACAAACAAUCUUAUCAAACAUAAAUCCAGAAAGAGUCGUGCGGGUGAAAAUACUGCUAAGAACAUCAACAAUAACAGUUUCCCUACAGAUAUACCUCCUCCUCAGACCCUACCCAACGGUGAAAAGCCCAACUUCGGCCAUUCUUCCAACAAGAAGCCGUCAUCUCGCCCGAAGAAACACACAUCCUCCUUCCCUUCCUCUUCCUCUUCCUCCUCCUCCUCUUCCUCUUCCUCUUCCUCUUCCUCACCUUCUUCAACCUCUUCUCUUGGUAAGAAGAACAGACAGUACAACACUGAUGGUCCACGACAGAACAACGGGGACGAGACCCGUUUGCUCAGCCAGAAUUUGAAGAACAUGCUUCUGAACCCAAUCCAAACCCCGCAUCGCCCUCAGGGGAUAAUACCAAUGAAUUGCAGCGGCAGUGCAAAGAAAUUCAGCCACUCAUAUGCCGGCUCCACUUUUGCCACCAACGGCCCAAGGGAAGCCAAAAGCUUGCCCAAACCAAGCUUCUUAUGA